CGCCAGGAAAUUUGCCCAUAAGAAAGUUCCCCCCGCUGGGGCCAAGUCCGCUCCGCCAGAUCUGAUAUUCGAACUAUGAAUAAAGAAGCACCGCUCUCGAUUGCGGAGCGCGACUUCAUCCUCAAUGCGCUGCGCGAGGAUGUGCGAUUGGACGGGCGUGCGGCCGAUCAGUUGCGUCCGUUGAAGGUGUCGUUCGGCGAGGAGUAUGGGCAUGUGAAGGUGCAGCUUGGUCGGACAAGCCUAGUGAUUCGCGUCUCAGCUGAGGUUACGAAACCGCACGAAGAUCGUCCGUUUGAUGGGCUGUUUACGAUUGCGAUGGAGCUUACUGCUAUGGGGUCUCCGGCGUGGGAUAAUGGACGGCAAGGCGAUCUCGAGACGUACGUAACCAACGUCCUAGACCGGGUGAUCCGCCACUCGAACGCGCUGGACACGGAAUCGCUGUGUAUCGUCAAGGGCGUCAGCUGCUGGAGCAUCCGGGCGGACGUGCAUGUCACGGACUACGACGGCAACCUGAUCGACGGCGCGUGCAUCGGCAUCAUGGCCGGCCUGCAGCACUUCCGCCGCCCGGACGCCGUCGUCAAGGACGGCCAGGUCAUCGUGUACGGGCUGGACCAGCGCGUGCCCGUCGCCCUGAACAUCACCCACAAGCCGCUGGCCGUCACCUUCCACACCUUCGACGAGGGUAAGCGCGUGAUCCUUGACGCCACCCGCAAGGAGGAGCAGGCCGCCGAGGCCGACGUCGUCUUCGGCCUCAACAACGCCGGCGACGUCUGCUUUAUGUCCAAGUUCUCCGGCUCCCCCGUCGACGCCAUGGUCUUCGUCAACAAGACCUCCGUCGCCCUCGACAAGGUCAAGGAGAUCAAUGCCAUCAUCGACAAGGCGCUGCAGGCCGACUUGGCCAUGCGCGCAAAGAAGGGCAUGGCUGAGGAAUCGCGCGCUGAGAAUGACCGGUGAUGGGUUGGGGUUUGCUUUCUAGAGAUAUCAAUCAAGCAUAUUACGAGGAGUCUACGGG